AUGCAGGAACACAAAGUGUCGAGUGGCACUGAUAACAAGUGUAUUAGAAAGGGCAAUUACACUAACCUUUACGAUUUCACGGGACGGGUAGCCAUGAUAACGGGGUCGAGUUCGGGUAUCGGCGCCGCCACAGCUAUACUAUUGGCCAAAAUGGGUGCACAAGUGGUGAUCACCGGACGUAAUAUCAACAAACUGGAGAAUGUGGUCAAACAGUGUACGGAAGUUUCGCCGACGGGUCUGAAAGCGGUUCCAGUGGUGGCCGACGUGACCAAAGAGGCAGAUCUCGACCGACUUCUGGCCACUACUGUACAGAGUUUUGGGAAAUUAGAUAUUUUGGUCAAUAAUGUCGGUUAUUGGCAGUUGUGUCCCAUAACUAGCGAUAAUUAUAUACAACACUUCUCGCAUAUUAUGUCCACAAACCUCUUAUCGGCCGUCUAUUUAACCCAUAAAUCAGUUGACUAUUUGACAAAAACUAAAGGAUCCGGAUUAAAUAUGUCGGCCUACGCUAUGACAAAAUCUGCGCUCGACAUGUUCACGAAAUGCCUGGCCGUCGAGUUGGGCCCCAAAGGCAUACGCGUUAAUUCACUAAAUCCGGGCGCUGUUUACACGGAUGCUAUGCAGAAUAGCUUUGGCGUGACUGAAGCCGAGGGCAGAGAUCUAUUUGAUAAAUUCGCGGCCGACUAUCCGGUGGGACGGGUGGGCGAAGGUGUGGAUGUGGCCAAUGCCGUGGCCUAUCUGGCCAGCAAUGAGGGUAGCUUUAUCAACGGCACCAAUUUCGUGAUAGACGGCGGACAUAUUGCCGCCAAUAUUAAUGUCAAAGGUUACGAUUUCACGGGACGGGUAGCCCUGAUAACGGGGUCGAGUUCGGGUAUCGGCGCCGCCACAGCUAUACUAUUGGCCAAAAUGGGUGCUCAAGUGGUGAUCACCGGACGUAAUGUCAAUAAACUGGAGAAUGUGGUCAAACAGUGUGCAGUAUUUUUGCCGACGGGUCUGAAAGCGGUUCCAGUGGUGGCCGACGUGACCAAAGAGGCAGAUCUCGACCGACUUCUGGCCACAACUAUACAGAGUUUUGGGAAAUUGGAUAUUUUGGUCAAUAAUGUCGGUUAUUGGCAGUUGUGUCCCAUAACUGGCGAUAAUUAUAUGCAACACUACUCGCAUAUUAUGUCCACAAACCUCUCAUCAGCCGUCUAUUUAAUCCAUAAAUCAGUUGACUAUUUGGCCAAAACCAAAGGAUCCGUAAUUAAUAUGUCGAGCGUUUUUAGUAAAUUAGGGGGACUAAAUAUGUCGGCCUACGCUAUGACAAAGUCUGCGCUCGACAUGUUUACGAAAUGCCUGGCCGUCGAGUUGGGCCCCAAAGGCAUACGCGUUAAUUCACUCAAUCCGGGCGCUGUUUACACGGAUGUCAUGCAAAAUAGCUUUGGCGUGACUGAAGCCGAGGGCAGAGAUCUAUUUGAUAAAUUCGCGGCCGACUAUCCGGUGGGACGGGUGGGCGAAGGUGUG